AUGGGAGACCCCAAAAACCCACUACUGUCCAAGGAUGGAGACAUAACUAUUGGAACUCUUAUUUCAAUCCACAGUAAAGAAACAUUAUCUUCAUCUGAGUUUACAAGAAAACCUCAGCUUAUAUGCUCCAGUGUGAAUCUAAUAGAUUUACGACUGGCUCAAAUCAUGAUCUUUGCUAUUGAAGAGAUUAACAGAAGUGGAAAUUUGCUCCCAAAUGUUUCCAUUGGUUAUAAAAUCUAUGACACUUGUGCUUCAAGACUAUCUUCUAUGAGUGCAACUAUGGCAGUGAUGAAUGGUCAGGAGUUUGCAGCAGGAGACAGAUGCAAUGGACAGUCUCCUAUACAUGCUAUUAUAGGGGAAACAGAGUCCUCUGCCACAGUGAUUUUGUCCAGAACCACAGGACCUUUCAAAAUUCCAGUGAUAAGUCACUCAGCCACGUGUGAGUGUCUCAGUAAUAAGAAAGCAUACCCUUCAUUCUUCAGGACCAUUGCUAGUGAUUAUCACCAGAGCAGAGCCCUUGCAUACAUAGUAAAACACUUUGGCUGGACUUGGGUUGGAGCUGUGAACAGUGACAAUGAUUAUGGAAACAAUGGAAUGGCCACAUUUCUGAAUACAGCGCAGGAGGAGGGGAUUUGUGUAGAGUACUCUGUCAAAUUUUACAGAACAGAGCCUGAAAAACUCCUAAAUGUGGUAAACAUCAUAAAACAAAGCACUGCAAAAGUGAUUGUUGCAUUUCUCACCAGUUUUGAAAUGUACAAUCUACUUGAACAGCUAUAUAUUCAGAACAUUACAGGCAUCCAAAUGAUUGGUGUAGAGGCAUGGAUAACAGCAAAGAAUUUGAUAAUACCACAGAGUUUUCAAGUGCUGGGAGGUUCACUAGGGUUUGCAGUAAGAAAUAUUAAAAUUGAAGGGUUUUUAGAUGAUGUAAUUAAAGAAUUUGGAGAAACACAGAAUUACAUUGAAGAUGUGCCUGAACAAAGAUAUACAAGCAACAUUUACAAAGCAGUGUAUGCUGUAGCUCAUGCAUUACACAAUCUACUUAAGUGCAAAGAACACGAAGGUUGUGGGAAAGGCCUGACAAUACAACCACAGCAGGUGGUUGAGGCUUUAAAAAAAGUAAAUUUCACUGUAAAGUUUGGCGAUCAUGUGUGGUUUGACAGCACUGGUGCUACAGUAGCCCAGUAUGAAGUUGUGAACUGGCAGCAGGACUCAGAUGGAUCAAUCCAGUUUAAAGCUGUGGGUUACUAUGAUGCCUCACUGCCUCCUGAGCUGCGAUUUGUACUUAACACUGAAAACAUAGUAUGGGUUGGAGGAAAGCUGGAGAAACCAAGGUCUGUGUGCAGUGAGAGUUGUCCUCCAGGCACAAGGAAGGCUGCACAGAAAGGAAGACCUGUCUGCUGUUAUGACUGUAUUACAUGUGCAGAUGGAGAAAUCAGUAAUGAGACAGAUUCAAAUAACUGCCAGCAGUGUCCAGGGGAAUACUGGUCUAAUACUGAGAACACUGAAUGUGUGUUAAAGGCUGUAGAGUUUCUGUCAUUCACAGAAGUUAUGGGUAUAGUGUUAGUCUCUUUCUCUCUGUUUGGAGUAGGAAUAACUGUACUGAUGGCCAUCCUGUUUUACAGUAAGAAGGACACUCCCAUAGUAAAAGCCAACAACUCAGAGCUGAGCUUCAUGUUGCUCUUCUCAUUGAUUCUGUGUUUUCUCUGUUCACUUACUUUCAUUGGUCGCCCCACUGAGUGGUCCUGUAUGUUGCGUCACACAGCGUUUGGGAUCACUUUUGUCCUCUGUAUCUCCUGUGUUCUGGGGAAAACAAUAGUGGUGUUAAUGGCAUUCAAGGCCACACUUCCAGGAAGUAAUGUCAUGAAAUGGUUUGGGCCUGCGCAACAGAGACUCAGUGUUUUUGCCUUUACACUCAUUCUUAUCUGCGUGCUUUGGCUAUCAAUAUCUCCUCCUUUCCCCUAUAAAAAUAUUAAAUAUUAUAAAGAAAAAAUCAUUUUUGAAUGCAGUCUGGGUUCUACUAUAGGUUUCUCUGCUGUGUUGGGUUAUAUUGGUCUUCUGGCUCUCUUAUGCUUCAUUUUAGCUUUUCUGGCUCGGACGCUGCCUGAUAACUUCAAUGAAGCUAAAUUUAUCACAUUCAGUAUGCUCAUAUUCUGUGCUGUAUGGAUCACAUUUAUCCCAGCUUAUGUCAGCUCUCCUGGUAAAUUUACUGUAGCUGUGGAGAUAUUUGCUAUUUUAGCCUCAAGCUUUAGUUUACUACUUUGCAUAUUUGCACCUAAAUGUUACAUCAUUCUCUUUAAACCAGAACAAAAUACUAAGCAGCAUUUGAUGGGAAAAAACACAAACUAA